AUGAAUUUUAUGAAUUUUGGUGUAAAUGCAAAUUCAUAUGAUUUUACAGAUUUUCCAAAUGCAUCAAUUGUUAUCACUUGGAAUAAUUUAUUAUUAAAUGCAAUUCAUAAAGCAAGUCCACCUCCAACAGUAGUUUCAAGAAGUCUUUCAAUGGUUCAUACAGCAAUAUAUGAUUCAUGGGCAUACUAUACAAAUUCUAAAGGUGUUUAUUUAAUUGGUGAAUCAAAUUGUUCAACAAUACCAAAAAAUAAAAAUGAUAAUGAUAUUAAAAAAUCAAUUUCAUUUGCAGCAUAUAGAACUUUAGUUGAUUUAUAUCCACUAUCAAUUGAUAAUUAUAAUGAAAAAAUGAAAAAUUUAGGAUAUGAUAUAAAUGAUAUUAAUUUAAAUUUAGAUAAUUCAGUUGGUAUUGGAAAUAAAGCAUCAAAAUUAUUAUUAGAGAAUAGAUGGUUGGAUGGAUCAAAUCAAAAGGCAAUUUAUGGUGGUAAAAAUUAUAGUGAUUGGACUAAUUAUGCACCAAGAAAUGAUGCUCAACCAUCUAAAUUAAGAAAACCUGAUAAUUGGCAACCGUUAUCUGUACCUGUUAAAAACUCAACUUUAUUUACAAUACAAUCAUUUUCAACACCACAAUGGGGUAGUGUGAAACCAUUUUCAUUAUUAUCAGGCUCACAAUUGAGACCAACAAUACCACCACCUUACUAUUCAUUCAAUGAUCAAAAUAAUAAUAAAACAAUUGAGAAAUUAAAGAAUUCAGCAUGGGAGUUAAUUGGAUAUACUCAAAAUAUGACAGAUGAAAUUAAAGCGAUUGCAGAGUAUUUUGGUGAUGGUCCAAAUUCAGUAUUGCCACCAGGUCAUUGGAAUUUAUUUGCACAAUUUGUAUCAAAACGUGAUAAUCAUUCAAUUGAACAAGAUGUUAAAUUAUACUUUAUGUUAAAUAAUGCUCAAUUAGAUUCAGGAAUCGCAUGUUGGGAUUGUAAAAGAUUCUUUGAUAAUGCUAGACCUGUUACAAUGAUUCCAGUUCUAUUUAAAGGUGUUAAAAUAACUGGUUGGAAUGGUAUUUGUAAAGAAAAUGUUGAAUUUGAUUUAUCUAAUUGGAUACCAUAUCAAGAUCCAUAUGUUAUUACUCCACCAUUUUCAGAUUAUACAAGUGGACAUAGUACAUUUUCAUCAUCAGCAGCAGAAAUUUUAAAAAGGUUUACCGGUAGUGAUAAAUUUGGUAAUUCGGUUACAAUUAAAGCUGGAUCAUCAAUUUUUGAAACCAACUGUUCAUUUCCAGUACCAAAAACUGAUAUUAACUUAUAUUGGGAAACAUUUACAGAUGCUGCACAACAAGCAUGCAUUUCAAGACGUUAUGGAGGUAUACAUUAUGAUUUUUCAGAUUAUGAAGCAAGAAAAAUGGGUAGGAAAAUUGGUGAAAUGAAAUCAUUGAAAAAAUUUUUUGUUUAUAAAAAAAAAAAAAAAAAAUUUUUAUUUUAUUUUAUUUGCUCAUUCCCACCACUAUUAAACACACAAAUGAUGAAUGAUAUAAUCAAUAAUGAUAAACUAAAAGAAAUGUAUAUUUUUGAAAAUCAACCAUCAUUUUUAGGAAAACCUGAAAUUCCUUCUCCAACUCUUUUUCCAAAGUAUGAUUGGCCAAAUGUAGAUGAAAGUCAUCAAUCAUUUUUUUAUUCAUCAUUAAUAUUUUCAGAGAUUCCUUUAGAAGAAUUAUUAGUAACACAACCAUAUGAAAAAGAUUCACUUACAAUAUUCACUUGUAGUAUUUGUACAUCGUUAAUGUCAAACCCAUUACAAUGUAAAAAUGGGCAUUUAAUUUGUGAUAAACCAUGUUGGUCAAAAAUUUUAGAGGGUAGUUUUGUUAAAUCAUGUCCAAUAUGUAGAGUAAUAGUUAGUUUAGAUCAAUUAGGUAAAAAUCAAAUUUAUAAUGAUAUGUUUUCAAAAUUAAAAUUUAAUUGUUUUUAUAAACCUAAUGGAUGUAAUGAAAUAAAUAAUUAUUCAAAAUUAAAAAAUCAUUUUGAAAUUUGUAAAUAUAAAAGUGUAAAAUGUAAAUUAUGUAAACAAGAAUUCUCAAAUGAAAUUGCAGAUGUUCAUUUAGAAAUAUGUGAAAUGGUAAUUGGAAAUUGUAGUAAAUGUAAUAAACAAAUGAAAAGAUCAGAAUUUCAAAAUCACUUUGAAAAUGAUUGUCAACAUAGAUUAUAUGGAUUUUGUAAUAAUUGUGGUAUCUUAUUAAAUAAAUCCAAUCAUUUAAUUCAUAAAAAUGAAAAUAAUAAUAAUAAUAGUGAAUGCUUAAUUUUUAAGUUUAUGUUAAAUCUUUUUUCAAUAGAUGAAAAAAAUAAAAAUAAAACUGAUAAUAAUAAUAAUAAUAAUAAUAAUAAUAAUAAUAAUAAUAAUAAUAAUAAUAAUAAUAAUAAUAAUAAUAAUAAUAAUAAUAAUAAUAAUAAUAAUGAUUUAUUAGAAAUUGAAAUAAUUGAGAAUAUAAAGAAACAAAUACAAUCAUUAUCAAACAAAUCUAAUUUAUUUUCAGUCUAUCAACUUAUUAAUUAUUCUUCAAUUUUAAAUUUUGAUAAAAAUUCAAAUAUAAAUAAUAAUAAUAAUAAUAUUAAUAAUAAUAAUAGUAAUGUUAAUUCGGUAGAUAAUGGAGUACAUCAAUUAGAAAAACAAUUACAGCGCAUUUUAUCAAAACAACAAUCGGCUAAUCAAGAAAAUUCAUAUAUACAACAACAAAUCCAACAACUUUCAAAUUACUCUAUGAUAAUUAAACAGCAAAUUGGUCAAGGUCAACCAAAUGCACAACAACAACUUGAACUACUGGAAAGACAAAUUCUAAAUUUUCAACAAGAUCAAAAAAAUCUUGAUAAGCAAUGUGCAUCUUUACAAAGCCAAGCUCAAAUAAUUCAACAGAUGUUAAAUAAUAAUAAUGGUAAUAAUUUAAAUAAUAAUAAUAAUAAUAAUAAUAAUAACAAUAAUAAUAAUAAUAAUAAUAAUAAUAAUAAUAAUAAUAAUAAUAAUAAUAAUAAUAAUAAUAAUAAUAAUAAUACUGGAAAUUAUACACCAUCAUCAACAACUACAACAACUACAACUAUAAACAAUGAUAAUAAUAAUUUAGGAUCACCUGGAUUUAAUAUUGGAAGGAUUGGACCAAAAAUAAGACAAUUACCAACAAGAAGUUUAUUUAGAUUAGGUGGUAAAGGAAAUAGAUUUAAUUUCUCAUCUUUUACUGAACUAAUGAGUGAAAGAGAAGAUAUACCAUUUGAUAUCUCCAAUCUUAGCAUACAAAGACAAACACACAAUCUUCCAAAUAUUUUCAAUCCAUUCUCACCACCACCAAAUAUGAAUGUUGAUUUAAAAAAGAAUCCAUUCUCUCCACCAAAUCAAAAUCAAAAUCAAAAUAAUCAAUAA